UUGAAUCGAAUUCCAUCGGACGGUCAUUAACCUAAGAACAUCAUACACCUCACUAGCACACAAACAUUUCCCAAAAAACAGAGCAGCUCGUCAGCUCUGUAUAGUUCAUAACCCAACCCAGUAGAGACCAAAAUGUAAAACACUGGUUGGGUUUCGGAGUUUCAGAUCCAUAAAGCUUCAAACUCAAAGGCUCGUUAAAUCUCGUAGCAAUUUGUCUUCUUUUUCAGUUUGAUCUCAAUUCUUUGCUUUUCUUCAAGGAAACAGAGCCUGAAGAAGAAGAAUGGAUGCUUUAAGAAAACAAGCCAGUAAGCUCCGAGAGCAGGUCGCAAAACAGCAACAGGCUGUAAUAAAGCAGUUCAGUGGGACUGGUUAUGAAAGCUCAGAUGUUAUGGUAAUAGAUGAGGUUGAGAUGCAGAGACAUCAACAGCUGGAGAAACUGUACAGGUCCACUCGUGCAGGAAAGGAUUUUCAGAAAGAAGUUCUUAGAGCAGCAGAAGCGUUCACAGCCAUAGGGUAUAAGCAUAUUGAAGCAGGAACCAAGUUGUCUGAGGAUUGUAGCAGAUAUGGUGCUGAAAACACAAAUGAUAAAAUUUUAGCUAAGGGUGCAUCCAUAUAUGGUGAUGCUCGUAAGCAUGUGGAAAAGGAACAAGAAGACUUCAAUAAGCUGCUGUCUUCUCAGAUUUUAGAUCCGUUAAGAGCAAUGAUAGCUGGUGCUCCUUUGGAAGAUGCUCGCCAUCUUGCUCAACGUUAUAGUCGAAUGAGGCAAGAAGCAGAGACACAGGCCGUAGAAGUUUCCAGAAGACAAGCACGAGUAAGAGAACUCCCAAAUCCUGAAAAUGUUGCAAAGCUGCAGGCAGCUGAAGCAAAGAUGAAAGAAUUAAAAGCAAACAUGGCAGUUCUGGGUAUAGAAGCUUCAGCUGCAUUGGCUGCUGUGGAAGCACAGCAGCAAAGACUGACUUUCCAGAGGCUUGUUGCACUGGUUGAAGGAGAAAAGACUUACCAUCUGAGAGUGGCUGCCAUUCUUGGUGAGGUUGAAGCUGAGAUGGUUUCAGAGAAACAACGGAAAGAGUCUGCUCCUCCCGUGAUUCCACAAGAGAACUCCUCAGAGAAAACAAUGUACUUCUUGGCUGAAGCAACACAUUCUUUCAGUGCCGCAUCAGAGAAGGAACUAAGCUUGUCAGUGGGUGACUAUGUUGUUGUACGAAAGGUGAGCCCAUCAGGAUGGUCAGAAGGAGAGUGCAAAGGUAAAGGAGGAUGGUUUCCAUCAGGCUAUGUGGAGAAGCGCCAGCGGCUUCCAGCCAGUGAUCUCAGUGCAGAAGUUUACUGAGCCCUUAGUUUCGUAUUUUUACAAUUCUGUUAUCGUCACAAAAUGACGAGGAUUUGUUGGUCAUUGCUGGGGUUUUCAUGUUCUUGUUUGUCCUCGAUGGCAUGAUGUAGUCAGGACAUGCGUGUGCAUAUUGUAUCUUUCAAAUUUUCAUGGCACAAUGCUUUAUCAUGAUUCAUGAAUGCUAUAUAAAUAUGUAUUUAAUU